AUGUCUUCAGACAGGGCCCAGGGGCCCCUGAAGAACAAAAGCCACCCCCUGUGUUUAUUUACUUUUGCUCGUGUUAUUUUUAUUUCAGUUCAGCUGCAGCUCAGUGCGGAAAGCGUGGGGGAGGUGUAUAUAAAGAGUACUGAGACCGGCCAGUACUUGGCCAUGGACACCGACGGUCUCUUAUACGGCUCACAGACACCAGAUGAGGAAUGUUUGUUUCUGGAAAGGCUGGAGGAAAACCAUUACAAUACCUACACGUCCAAGAAGCACGCCGAAAAGAAUUGGUUUGUUGGCCUCAAGAAGAAUGGAAGCUGCAAACGUGGUCCUCGGACUCACUAUGGCCAGAAAGCAAUCUUGUUUCUCCCCCUGCCAGUCUCCUCUGAUUAAAGAAAUCUGUUCUGGGUGCUGGCCACUCCAGAGGGGCCUGAUGGGGUGCUCACCUGGUUGACCCCAGAUUGUGCCCUUGACCAUCGGCUGCGCUAACCCCUGGUCCACAAAACCUGAAUUUGUAAGCAAUGCGCUUCUAAAUGCCCAGUUCACUUUUUUUGCAGAGCCCUUUACCCCAGCACAGUUUGGAAGCGAGCGACCAAAUUGCUUCUAAGGGCCAACUGGCUGGCCAGUCUGGGUCUGGUUUGGAUGUCCAGUUGCCUCUGGGCAUCUGCUACAGGCUAAGCCCCUCAAUGCAAGGGUGGGGCUAAACGAAGCAUGUUCAGGAGGCAGCCAAGUGGGUUAUUAGCAAGUGCAUAUGAUUCCCUCUGCUGAGUAGAUCCUUCCUGUGGCUCCCCACACACCUGGCACGACUCCCUUCUGUCCUUUCACUACCCCACAAGUGUUAGCAGGGAAGCAAUGGCUAGACAGGAGGAAGGCAGCAUUCCGCGAGAGAAACAGGGACGAAGAAACCCCCUCUCAAGAACGGAGGGGAUUAAAGUGGCAAGGGGAGAUUGGAUUCUGGUGGACAGCUUAGAAGGACAGGAUCUCAAUGCAGAAUAAAUGAAGGAUGGGAGGCUCAGCCACAGGAAAGCAAAAUAAAUGCGCAGCCUUGGGAGUUGUUAACCAUGCCUUGAAUUUCCCAAGGUUAUCCAGCAGCAGAAAGCCCCCCGGUGUCAAGUGGGAAGCAUGAGAAGUGGGUUCUUGAUAAAAGCAAGGACACCGGAUGUUGGUAAAUUCAUGUGGGUCUGGGGUGGGUGUGGGGGUGAUGAAAAAGGAAGGGAAACAUGGGCUGAAGGGAAUGUUAUCUUCUAGAGGAUGAUUCCACACAUGAGAGGGUAAGAGAAAGGGGCACCAUGACCUGUGCUUAGUCACCAGAAAGCAGAGACACUGGGGUCCUAGGGCAGUGUUUACAAAGCACACUGGGUGUUUGAGUGCCGUUUCCGGCUCAGUGGGUCUGGGGUAGGUGACAUUUCCCACAAGCUCCCAGGUGCUGUAGAUGCUGUGGCCGCCCCCCACCAUACUUUAAGGUCCUGAAAAAUGUUUUUCAAAUGAAGGUGGCCCCACCCCCCACCCCCUCUAGCUUCACCAUUAAAGAACACACACCCACCAGCCUUCCUGAGCAUUUAGGCAGCCUUGGCGGCAGCUGUAACUAUAUUAAGGAGGGUGGAUUUAAGGCACUUUGGCCCAAUGCCUAUAAAGUGCCCAUUUAGAAGAUAUACGAAAGCAUCCUUCAAAAACGUUAAACCCUCACCAACAACUUUUCCCAAGAGACCAUUGUGUGACGAUUACUUGUAUAAAUAUGCUUCCUGCUUAAAGUAAACUUGACCCAAGCGACUAGCAAAUUAGAAACACCAUUCAUUUCUGACAUAUGAUACUAUUGCCAUGUAAGGGCCUUUAAUAAGCCAUUUAAAUUUACAUGAGACUGUUUUAAUCACAUUUUAAAACUAUAGCUCAAAGGCUACUAAAGUGAUUAGCAUUCAGCUACUGAGAAUAAUUGGAUAUGAUGAAUAAGCUCCUCAAUUAUCUACCACUUAAACUACAUUUACCUAUGAGAUUUUUCUUUGUUUUCCACUGUGCUGUUACAAAUUUUUCUUUGAAAAUGGGGACUCUUAAGCAACGCUAUCAUAAUUGUGGAUAAAAAUUGAUGAGAGUGUUAGCCCCUGUUAUAAAGAAUUGAAGUAAUUAUUAAUUGAGAAAUAACUCCUUAGUAAUUGAACUGUUGUAUUUAGAAUGGGAGAAAAAUGACGUGCUGUGGAAGUUCAAAGCAGUAGUUUAAUUGAGGAAUUGAACUAAGUUAACACUAUGGUUAAUAAUAUCAUUCUGCAUUGGUCCAGAAAAACAAUUUCAUAACAGUUUUUGUUUUUGUUAACUUGGAUAAGAUGAUUCUAUUCUAUUUUAGUACAUUUUUGCAGGUAAGUUGGGGACAGUACAGAAUGGUUUAACAUCUUUUUACUAUGAAGAUGUUUUACUAUGAAGAUUUGGCCAGAAAAAGGUACCCAGAGAGGAAAUCCAAGGUAUUUAUUUGGUCCAGAAUUUUCAGUGUAUGAAUCAAAUUCAAGUCAACAUUGACCAAGAAAAAUUAAAUACUGUUGCUAAUAGAUGAGAUGGAAUUCAAGACCCAAAGCAUUUAGAAGAAACCCUAUUGUGACCUUGGCAACUGCAGUCCAGUCAUUCUUCGUGUAGUCAUUCAGUGAAUAUUUAUUAAGUGCUUACUGUGUGCCAGGCCCUGUACUGGGUCCUGGGGCCCCUGGAAACCUUGUCUGUCUGGUUUGCUGCUGUUCUCUCCUAGGGCAUUAUAUUUAUGAUGAAAGAUGCUGUGCAUUCAUUUCUUUCAGUCAAGUUAAAACACAGACUUUGUAGGUUCCUGCUGAAUAAAUAGCAAGUCCCAGCAACCCACAUUUUGGAAGUUAGCAACACCCAGAAUAAACAAAUCCCUGCCAAAGCAUCAGGGGACAUGACAAGGUAAACCUAACAUUUCUAACUGUAGAACCAUGUCGGUGUCAAGGCAGGACUUUUCAAUCAGGCAAAGAGCCUGCCUGGUCCAGUGGAAGGGGACAGUGGGUGGUUCCCCACUUUGUAUCCAAUGGGCUCUAGUUCCCCUGCAUGGAGCACUCCUGUCCCUCGCUCUCUGCCUUGAGCAAGCCUUGUAGCCAUCUGCGGGUCAGGCGCCUCUCAUGGGGAUUCAUUUUCAGCCCGUUGUUUAGAGUUGCCUGCCAUUCUGUACAAAGCACCAGGAGCAUAUAUACUUUUCACUGUUCCCAACGUGGAGGGGGAGGUGGCGGCCCCGUCCUGGAAGGGAUGAUAAUCAGAGCCUCCUAUGGCCAACAGCGUGUACUUAAAAAAACUGACUGGAACGUGAUGUGUUGCUGGCGAUCAAGGUCUUUGCCUUGUGUCAGAGGCAAUGGAGCCCAGGGCCUCAGCUUUGUAGAACAUACUGCCUAAACCACCCAAGCUCAUGGCUGCAAAGCAGACCUCUGAUGAAGAGGAUGCCUGUCAUUUUACAUCACUGUCUCUUUACUUUUGCACCUUGCAAGUAUUAAUAAAUGUCCCACUGCUCGGUGACGAUGUC